UUUCGUCAGUGUUAUCACAAUUCUCUUGUCCACUCUUCUGCAUCUAGCAUUCUCAAGUUUGACAGCUGCUUCACACGUGUAUAUGCAGAUAUUGAAACACACAAUUGUUUUCAUUUGUCCAUCUGUUUCAAUCUGCAUUAGAAUGUUCGUCGACGCUAACUCACAGUUGACUUGACUGAGUACUGUUUCCUUCUGAGAAAUUGCAGAUUGCAGAUUCAGAGAUGAACUCAUAUGUAUGAUCUUUUCAAAGUUCGUUCGUUAGAAUGGAGCCUGAAAGAGAUCAGCAUCAACCGGAAGAUGCAUGGGAAAGUCUACCUAUCGAUUUCCUGAUCAAGAUUCUCAGAGAUCAUGAUCUGCCAAUUUCCACUCUUCUGGAAUGUCGUUCAGUUUGUAAGAAAUGGAAGGAAAUCAUAGAUGGUCCUGAGUUACGGAACAACAUAUGGAAAAAAUCUGUCAUUGGGUUUAAUGCAAGUCGUGAAAAUACGGCCUACUUCUGCUGUAGAGAUCGAUGGAUCACAAGGAAUCUUACAUUUAGGCCCAAUGAGCUGGUCGCUGCUGAUGGAGGCCUACUGUGUUUCGGUGAACGAUUUUCAACAGCAUAUAUCAUGUAUAACCCAGUUCCGGACAAAAUCCUGCCUUUAAACGUACCUCGUGUAAUCGAUGAAGAACAUACAGUCAUUGAUGGUAUGCUGGAGUGUAAGGUGGUGGGUUUAGUCGUGGACCAAUCUACAAAAAACUUCAAGCUGGUUCUGGGAGGAGUUCUAGUCGCAACAGAUAGACGCAGAACUUUGAUUUACGACUCUACGACCUGUACAUGGUCGUGGGGAAAGCAUCCGUUUCCUGAACAGAUGAAAGAUGUGUGGGGUAGUGGGAGAAGUGUAGAAUGUAAUAGAUGUCUGUAUUGGCUGGUCUGGGAUCCCGUUAGGCGCAAGAUGAAGGCUCUCUUGAUUUUUGAUCUGGAAGAGGGAACGUGGAACGCCUUGUUGGAGGAAUCCAUGGAAGCCACGCCAAUUGAACUUCAAAUGGCUGCGUAUGAAAGACAUGUGUGCCUACUUGCCAGAAAUUGGUCUCAUCUCGAAGGGGAGUUUGAUCGUUGGAGCGAUGUCAUCAAUUUCCUCCGGAAUCCCAUGGUCCGGAGAAUGGAUGGAGCUUUGAUCAGGAGAGCUAAGGAUUUGUAUGAUCGAGCUUUGAUCAGGAGACGGAGAUUUCGAUGGAACAUGGACGAAGCAAUGGUUGGAGAUGUUAUCAGGAGAUUUAUAGAUCAAUGGAUUCUAAAUGAUUCCAGAGUUUUCAACUUCUAUGCCACAGGAGGCAGUGAUGCAUUUUUCGUGUUCGAUGAACUUGAGGUGGUGAAAUAUUUGGCUGAAUUUGACUUGAUUUUCUUUCUACCCCAACCUCCUUUUCACUCACGAUAUCGGUUUCAAUACGAUUCGAUCGCCGACGACCCUUGGUGUGCGAUAAUUCCAAGUCCCAGAGGAAGUGCAGGGCAGGGAUGGAUAACGCAGCAGGAGUAUAUAGCACAGCAGCAGCAGAGACGUAUGCAGGAGGAGGUGCGGGUAUAGAGGAGGCUAUAUCUAGUAUAAAAUAAGAUUGCAGAUGAUUUCCCUUUGUUACAUUUGAUAUCACAAUAAUGUAUUUUGUGGUCAGAUUUGC